AUGACAUCCGCAGAGAUGCCCCAUCACAUCCGCCCCGGCACCAGCGCCGAUCUCACUGUGGCUACAGAUAUCUAUAUGCAGAGCUUCGACAAAGAAACUCUGCUCGACUUCAUGUUCCCAAGCCGUCACACCGACUCAACUCCCUUUCGCGAGUGGGUUACUCGGCGCUUUCGUAUGCGCUACUGGACGCCCGGCUACGUUCUCACUAUGCUAGAUGAUGCUAGAGGCAGGACUGUGGGAUUCACUUGGUGGCAUAUACCGGACGACUCAUUGUCUUUCCGUGAACGAUGGCUCUCAAUUCACGCUUGGGUUGCCCCCAUUAUGUUGGCGGCGCUGAAAAUACAUUCCUACAUAUUUCCCCUUCGCCACGUAGACUCUCAUCGACUUGGUAUUUACGACCGCGUUUUCAGUACCAUUGAACCCGACGUACUCAAUUCUCCCCGGCGUCGUUCAGCUUGGUAUUUGUCUAGCCUUGGGGUCUCUCCUCAUGUCCAAGGUAGUGGUUAUGGUUCCCUGCUCCUUCAGCAUGGCCUGGAGGCGGCCGAUCGUGCAGGAGUUCCCACUUGGCUGGUGGGAUUGCGUGGGCUCGACAAAUUUUACAAGCGUUUUGGCUAUGUAGAAGUGGCCAGGGCCAAUGUUGGAGAGUUGAAGGACUGGGACGGCGGCAUCAUCAUGUUCAGGGGGGAUUGA